AUGAGUUUCGCCCAUUAUCCCAACAUUGUCCACCGCAACAAUGGAUGUCGACCCUAUCCAAGACAUCGUGCCACCCCGUUAUGCGAUCGAGUCUGAUGACAGUGACGGCGAAGAAAUGGAGGCCAGAGCCACACAAAAAUCGCCCCCCAGUAUUACUGUCAACUUCAAUGGGGAACCGAGUCAUAGCCUCCUCAUACUCAUUGGACAAGCUGGGGAACAAUACCGGAGAGGCAUAAUCACUCCCAGCUCAACUACUGGAUCCAUUGUUGUUGAUAAAGUCAAAGUUGGGGAAAUCCAGGAAAUAUCUCCUAGCCUCCUGGUCGUGAUCAUAACUCAUGAACUUCCAGCAUUGGCGUCAAAUCUCCUGGCGAAGCAGCUGAUUCAGACCCUAUCACCUUGCAGCGUGGAGUUAAUGGACACUUACUCUCUUCCCAUUCACGUCUCAUCAAAACCCAUUUCCACCCCUACCUCGCCACUGAUGUGCCUGAAAACUUCAAGCUUCCAACCGGCACCACUAAACCUGAUUCCUUUAGCACCCCCAAAUAUUAUCCGGUCUUUCACAGCAUCUGUCCUCUGUAUUCUCGAACUGCGCAGUAUUCCAGGUCUUGCUAUUUUAUUACCAUCACGCUUCCUCCCUCCCCGCAUUCCAACGGAACAAGUUGGCCCUCAGCCACCUCCGGCGUAUGCGCUGGAGCAAUUCGAGAACCAAAAUUUAGCUGAUGCUAACAGAGCUUUCAGCUUCGGUGGUACGCUUGGGUGGGAUAUAAGUGUUGCCGGGAAAGCGAGCGGGUUCUCACGACCGCAGGCUCAAGGGGAUAUCGGGAAUGGGGGAAUGUAUCUAUAAGAAAGCGCAAAAGCGUCGAAACAGCUCACUCUCCAAGUCUAGGUGCUCGACAGCCGACUGGAACCAUUUGGAGGGACACAAGGCGAGAGCUGAAUUGUGAGAAGGGGAUGUCA